GCAGUCAAGCUUGCGCAAACGCUGGAGGACACGAAGGGUGGGUGAUACCUAGGUGAAGCGGACGGGGUGGUCCGGGGUUUCUAAUGCAUUGCAAUGCUUCCUCUUGCCAUUUGUCGCGCCGUGGGGCUGUACUCUUCUUCUUUUCUGCCUCUCUGGCCGAUGGAGACCCAGGAAUCAGGGUGCUCACGCGAUCAUGGAUCGUUUUUAUAGAUGGGUGGUGCGAUGGGAGAACAUGGGGUGAGCUUGGUCAUGUGCCACUCGACUCACAUUCCUUGCCCGCAGAGGGUGUUAUAGCAUAGUUUUUUGUUUUCUUUUGGUGGCUGUCCCCCGUGGUGUUGACUGGAAGGGGACAUGGCGCCGGCGUUGGUUCAAGCCCAUGCGUGCAGUCAAGUGGUUGCCGGGCAAGGGGAGACCCGACGUUGAUGGCUGCAACAGUGGAAGGAUUGCACGAGAGGAUGCGGGAUUGUGACCGGGGGCGACCAAAAAAUGCGUGUAGAGAUAUGGCGGAGGAGUGCAAUAAGAAGCAUAUGACU